AUGCCACGAGUCUUCAACAAAUCUUGUAGCAACACUUGCCGAUACCGCAAGAUCAAGUGUGACCAGGCCCAACCCAUCUGCGGGCAGUGUAGUCGCAUCGGGCGGUACUGCGAUCGCGCAAAGCGAGCGCCUAAAGUCCGGCAGGAGCUCAGGCACUCUGCCGAGCAAGCAGACGACAGCAGCAAGGACUGCGGCGGCGCAGCCACACCUGUUACCUCGCCGCGCGACGCACUCCAGUCGUCACGGACAGCAGACUUCUUCCAGCACUACAUUGCCGAGCUCGCGCCAUGGUAUGAUCUCAGCGACGGCCGCCGGCACUUUGCGGUCCAGGUCCCCAUCCUCGCGCUCGAUGAGGCGCUCUUGUUCAAUGCGCUCAUGGCCUUGUCGGCUAUGCACUUGGCCAGGACCAGCAUGCCCUCUGCUCGCCCGGCGGCCGAGUCUUAUCAUGGGAUGUGUAUUCAUGCCCUGAUCGGCCUGACGGAGUCAGACUCGAGAUUGUUGGAAAAUGGGAUUGCGCUGGCUGCGACGUGUCUGCUGCGAUCGUACGAGAUUCUCUCUGAGGAUGCCGAUCCCAACAGACAUCUUCAAGGAGCUUACUCUCUCGCAUCACAGCCGCAUCGAGGCUUCGGACAUGACCACGCCAGCACAGGGAGCCUGCUACUGCAGGGAUUUUGGAACUACCUGCGCGAGGACAUAACCUUCAGCCUCUUUGGCGAGUGUCCACUAAAGAUUGAUCUUGCAGCAGUGUUUGUGCCGCCAAGCGCAACAGGGACCGAUCACGAUCACUUGAACAACAUGUCCGUGGUAUUGGGCAGUAUCAUCAAUGGUCUUUUUGGCAGAAAUGCGACGUCGUCUGAUACGAGUUGGACGACUUGGAUUGGUGCGCUGCGGGGCUGGAUUCAACAAGUCGCGGGCACUGUCUAUCCUUUCUCACGAGCAGCCGGCAAGGCAGUCGCUUCGGACUUGCCCUCUGUCCGCGUGCUUCAAGACUGCCACGCCUCCGCGUGGCAUUACUUUCUUGUAGCUUUAUGCGUCCUCUCGAGCAGAGCCCCAGCCCAGAAACGACAAGCAGAUAUUAUCGAGCUGGCGUCUUCCUACCAACCGCACUUCUCUGAAUGCAAAGGGCGCGAGGAGUUCUUGGAGGCUGCAGCCAUGGAGAUAUGUGGCAUAGCGUUCACGUCCAACAGUCCCGCGGUGAUUGUGAAUGCCUUUGGGCCAAUAUCGUUCUGUGCGCGAUUCAUACACGAUAAAGCAGUACAAGAGGACAUCAUACGACAUCUGUUUGCGUGUCAGAAGAGGACGGGGUGGCCAGUCCAGCGAAUUGUCGGUCGUCUUGAGGCGCACUGGAAAGCCGAGCUCGGGCAUCGUUGA